CUCCGAGCCCCGGCUGUCAUGGCGACCCCCAACAACCUGACCCCCACCAACUGCAGCUGGUGGCCCAUCUCGGCGCUGGAGAGCGACGCGGCCAAGCCCGCCGAGGCCCCCGAUGCGCCCCAGGCGGCCAGCCCCUCCCACUGGCCCAAGGAGAGCCUGGUUCUGUACCACUGGACCCAGUCCUUCAGCUCGCAGAAGGUGCGGCUGGUGAUCGCAGAGAAGGGCCUGGCAUGUGAAGAGCGGGAUGUGAGCCUGCCACAGAGUGAGCACAAGGAGCCCUGGUUCAUGCGGCUCAACCUGGGAGAGGAGGUGCCCGUCAUCAUCCAUCGCGACAACAUCAUCAGCGACUACGACCAGAUCAUUGACUAUGUGGAGCGCACCUUCACAGGAGGACAUUUAGCCAACGCCACCACAGACCUCAUGAAAUUGGACCAUGAAGAGGAGCCCCAGCUCUCUGAGCCCUAUCUUUCUAAACAGAAGAAGCUCAUGGCCAAGAUCCUGGAGCAUGACGACGUGAGCUACCUGAAGAAGAUCCUUGGGGAGCUGGCCAUGGUGCUGGACCAGAUCGAGGCCGAGCUGGAGAAAAGGAAGCUUGAGAAUGAGGGGCAGAAAUGUGAGCUGUGGCUCUGCGGCUGUGCCUUCACCCUCGCCGACGUCCUUCUGGGAGCCACCCUGCACCGCCUCAAGUUCCUGGGACUGUCCAAGAAAUACUGGGAAGACGGCAGCCGGCCCAACCUGCAGUCCUUCUUUGAGAGGGUCCAGAAGCGCUUUGCCUUCCGGAAAGUCCUCGGUGACAUUCAUACCACCCUGCUAUCAGCCGUCAUCCCCAAUGCUUUCCGGCUGGUCAAGCGGAAACCGCCGUCUUUCUUUGGGGCCUCCUUCCUUAUGGGCUCCCUGGGCGGGAUGGGCUAUUUUGCCUACUGGUACCUCAAGAAAAAAUACAUCUAGAGCCGAGCCAGGCCUGAGCUUGGUGUCUGACUGUUGGUGUCUCUGUGCUGUGUGAUCCCCAAUGAGCCCUCAGUAACGCACUGACUCGAACACUUGGACAGCCCCUCCCCACCCCUUGUUCGGAGUAAUUCUAUUGUCAAUGUGAAAACAUUCCAUAGUUUAGAAGUAGACGUUGCCAAUGCCGUGAAUUGAAGCCACGGCUCUACUACAGGAGAGAAAGAACAGAAACAAAACACGAAUGCCUUUUCUUUUGAUUCAAGGUCUCAAGAUGGAACUGUGGGGACUGGUUAGGAUCUGAGGUGAGUCCCAGGCCAUUUCACCCACCAGGGUCCAGAUUCUGGGAGGUGCUGGGGGCUCAGAGGGCCUGACCCCUCGCCUCCCUUCCCUCUUGCCCAGGGAACUCUUCCACAGGACAAAGCCAACA